GUCUUUGUAACACUUAAAAUCACUCACAACUCUCUUCUCUUUGUCUUUAAUUUCAGGCUGCAGAAGGCAACAUUGAGUACAAGUUGAAGCUGGUGAAUCCAUCCAGUAGUCGCUUUGAGCACCUAGUGAGCCAGAUGAAAUGGAGGCUGAGGGAGGGGCAAGGAGAGGCUAUCUAUGAGAUUGGUGUCGAAGACAAUGGGAUGCUAGCAGGUCUCUCCCAAGAAGAGCUGGAGGCAUCACUGAAUACUCUCAACAGAAUGGCAGCCAGACUUGGAGCUACAACGACAAUCCUGAGAGAGCGAUGUGUAGAUUGUGAAGGAGAAAACACUGGGAAGAAAGCCUGUGAAGUACUUGUGAGGAGAGUACCUGAUGACCAACAGUUCAUAGAUCUUAGGAUAGCAGUACUAGGUAAUGUGGAAGCAGGGAAAAGCACUCUCCUUGGGGUCUUGACACAGGGUGAGCUGGACAAUGGCAGGGGGAGGGCACGACUGAAUCUCUUCCGCCAUCUACAUGAAAUCCAGUCGGGAAGGACAUCAAGUAUUAGCCAUGAGAUACUAGGAUUCAAUAGCAGAGGAAAGGUUAUCAACUAUUGCGAUUCUCAGCAAGGUUGCUUAACAGCAGAGGAAAUCUGUGAGAAUGCCUCUAAGCUAAUCACACUGCUAGACCUUGCUGGACAUCAGAAAUACAUCAAGACGACCAUCUUUGGUCUCAUGGGAUACUCGCCUGACUUUGCCAUGCUUGUGAUCAGUGCAAGCACAGGAAUCGCCGGUACAACCAGGGAACAUAUAGGACUUGCCAUGGCCCUCCAGGUCCCCAUCUUCAUCGUGGUCAGCAAGAUGGACAUCUGCUGUCCAUCGGUCAGGCAGCGGACAAUCUCUCAGCUGACCAGGCUAUUGACUGGUCCUGGCUGCAAGAAGGUCCCUUACCAAGUCAACAAUGAAGAUGAUGCUGUCACAGCGGCAAUCAACUUCAACAACUCCAACAUAUGCCCUAUCUUCUGUGUGUCCAGUGUCACAGGAGCCAACAUGGAGAUGCUGAAGAAAUUCCUUUAUGUUUUGUCUCCUGCCAACACGUCCAUGGAACAGGAAAAACUAACACAGGAACUCACAGAAUACCAGGUGGAUGAGGUGUACAGUGUUCCUAAUGUUGGGAGAGUAGUAGGAGGUACAUUAUACAGGGGUGUCAUCAAGGAAGAUGAUGCACUGUUACUGGGACCGAGUGAGGAAGGAACCUUCAGCAAAGUGACCAUUCAGAGUAUACACAGGAACCGGUCAGCUAGCAGGGUGGUCAGGGCUGGUCAAGCGGCCACUCUGGCUCUCGGAGAGAUGGAAAUGCCAGUUAGGAAGGGGAUGGUCCUAGUGAGUGAGAAGCUAAAGCCAACACCUUGCUAUGAAUUUGAAGCUGAUAUCUGCAUCUUAUACCACACUACCUCCGUCAGUCGGGGAUACCAAGCUACUGUCCAUAUAGGAAACGUCUGCCAGAAUGCUAUUAUAUGUGACAUGGACAAGGAGUGUGUAAAAAUCAACGAGCAGGCGCUGGUUAAGUUCCGCUUCGUCCGGCAGCCUGAGUACAUCCGAGAGGGUGCAAGGAUCCUCUUCAGGGAAGGAACUGCCAAAGGUCUUGGACAAGUCACCAAAGUCUUUUCUCUAUCAGCUGUAGAAAGAUAAAGAGUUUUUCUCAAUGCAAUCCAUAGCUGUGAAGAUUAGAAAUAAUCAUGUUAAUCAUAAGCAUGAUGCAUAAUAUGCCAUUGAUCAAGAAUAAUCAGUUAUAAUGUCUUGCAGCUUACGUGAGUAUGAAAAGAAAUGGUGUUUCAUUCAGAGCAAAAUGGACUUAAAUUCACACUGCAAUUCUUAGUAAGAUGCAGUAUAUAGCCUAUCUUUAUUUUGGUCAGAAUACGCUUGUAGAAUGCAUGUUAUUGGGUAGUUUAUUAAAGGUAUAUUUUUUCUUUUACUGGGUAAGUCACAAAACACAUAAUACUUACACCUCCCUUAAAAAUCAAUUGUCAAGAGGUGAGUAUCAUCGAUUGUAUGUAAGAAUAUUGUAUCCCAUGUUGCUGAUAUCAUUUUUCAGUGGUAUAUUCUCAAACUUGGAUUUUUAGCAAUUCCCAAUGUCCACUCCAAGUUUUAAGGAGAAUCUGUAAGUCCCAAAAUGUGAAUUUUUUCCACUUUAUUCCUAGUAACAGAGUGAUAAGGAAUGCAAAGUACAACUUUGUGGAACCAAGUCAAAGAUCCUUCUAGUCAAACAGAGAAUCCCAGUACUUCUUAUCCAUGGGGGCCUAUCUAUUUAAACAAAAAGCCUGAAAUGAGUUUGAAGAACUGAUAUUUCUUCAUUCAUUUUCAUUGUGUAGUAGGUACCUUACUUGGGCAAGUGUUGGUCCUGAAAAGGAUUGGGUGGUCCUUUUCAGGACCAACACUUGCCCACGAAAGAUACAUGGUGUUUGCCUUCAAUACGAAUGGCUCAUUGUCAGCCAAUUGGCAGUAACAAUGUACAUUUAUUUCUUUGGGGAUUUUUGCAAAUUCAGAUUUAAGAUAAAUUUCAAAAUUUGUGACACCUAUCCCAAGUAUUUUACUGAUGACAUUCAUCUACUUCCAAUGAAAUGUUAUCUUGCCUGUUGCAAAUAUUUUUUUAAGCUGUAGUCUUGUUGUUGUACCAUCCUUGUAGUUUUAGCAUUGUAUAUAGUUUUAUGCAUCUAUUAUAUAUUUUUACGGUACUGAAUUUUAAUGAUUGUAAAGCAUCUUUGUGGGUGACGAUUACUUCAGCAACAAUUGUACCUCAAUGGUUUAUAAAAAAAAAAGGUGUUUCAUUGCAGUUGCACCCUUUACUAGUGCUCUAAGAGCGGGGCCUCGUUUCAUAAAACUUGCUAUUGAUAUCAGGAUACAAGCUAUGUUCUUCCACUACUUAAAUUGUGUCAUUUGAAAUGGCUGAAGAAAAAGAUUAUCAUGGAAUUGGAGGAUUUGUGAUAAAAGGUACUGUUACAAGAGCAGUUAUCUUUGGAUCAUUUGUUGCAAAAUACUGGAAGCAGAAUCAUUGCUAAGCUUUAUCUUCUGAUCUGUUAAAAGCAAAAUUUGUUCAUUAAUUGCUAAUGCAAAUUCAAAUUCAAAAUGUUCUCCCUGUCUUCUUUUUACCUAUAUGUGCUGUCACUGCUGUCUGUUUAUAAUGUAGAUUAUCUUAUAGCUGUGUACAUUUCCUUCCUAGAUAGUCCUGUAAAUAGUGUACAAAAUAGAGUUCAUUUUAUAACUUUAUGUAAAUAUUGGGAGCUCUCUAUAAAUUUGUGUGUGACAUAGGCUUGCAGUGGCAAGACUGUAUUGGUAGAUCAUACUUUCUGGUGGCAUGUGUUUUUCAGUCAAAUGAAGUUGAAAAUUAGUUUGAGAGGGUAGACUAGCCAAUGGUUGUUGUAAGACCUAUGAUACGCUCAACUUUCCAGCAUCAUCCGUUGCAUGAUGAAUAAGUGUGUUGUUGGCUUAUGGAAAUUUAUUUUAUUUACAUAUCUCAUUAACGGGUUUCACUUUAAAUACUGCUGAAUGUUUCUGCUGUAUGUUGCUGAAUUUUAUUGCAUCAUAUCUGAAUACCCUGGUCAGACUGAAAAGUGCAUGUCACACUUUAUAAGAAGUAUCCUCUACCACUCAUAUUUAUUUGGUUGCCAAUUUGAAGUUUGCAUAUCGAGCCAAUGCCAAAAAUGUCUUUUAACUGUUGAUCAGUCAUGCAAUAGUCAUCAUUUACUGAGGAAAUUAACUUGUGAUUGUGUAGUUUGAGUAUGUUUGUUCCACUAAGAUCAGUAGCUUUCUGUGUUCUUGGAAAAGCAUGGUUUAUUUGUAUAAUAGUAGUGAUAUUAAUAAUGUAAAAAAAAUAACAAUGAUAAUAAUUUUAGAUUUUUCAAAAAGCGGGUCUUGGGAGAAAGAAAAUUGUUUAAUAAACUAAUAUGAAUGGGGUGGGAUUGAGGGCAACUUAUUAUGUACUUAUUUCAUUUUCCGUACAUUUUAAUAAUAGUAAUGUAAGGCAUUUAUAAGAGGCAAAUUUUCUAGUUGACUAGAUAUUACCCCAGCUUUAGCCAACAGCUGCGUAGAGGCCCUUGGUGCAUUAAAGAAAUUAAUCCUUACCUCAUCUGGGUUGAGUAUAGCAUGAUGUUAAUCAGUUCCUUGCCCAAAGGAAAUUACGCCAUGGUUGGGAUUCAGAUUCAUGACCCUCUGUUUUAAAGCCUUGAGUCAACCACUAGAGCUCAAUGCUCCACUUUUUAACAAAUUGUAAAGGUUUUAGUAAAGGUAAUGGUGAUAAUAAGAGAACACUGUUAUGAGUUCUUGGGUAAUAUGACAUUCAUGAUGGUUAUAAAUACACAUUUAUAGAAAUAUGUGUAUUUACCUUACUGUUUUCAGAGUCGUUAUCCCACCACUUAACGUACCUACCAGACGAUUUGGUUGACUUUAUAUUUUUUUUCAAUUAGGAAUUCAUUUGAGUAUUAGGAGAGUAUAUAUUUUGUUACAUCCAUGUGUGCUUCAAUACUUUUUUUUUUUAUUGAUUGUUGUUAGUGUGAAUGUAACAGCUUUGGUUUAUUUAUUAUUUUAACUUGUUGAGCUUGUUGCUUUGUUUUGUAUCUUAUCUCAAUGACCUAGUUAGAGAUUUUCCUCAUGUUGUCUUUUCAAUCAUAUUUUUGUCUUAACUUGCCAGGCUUCUUAUCAGACAGGAUUUUUUUUACAUUUGAAGUCUGUCACCCAUUUUAAUGAUAAAUAUUGAUGUAUGACAUGAUUAACAUGCCAAUAUUACAUGAACAAUUCAUACAUAUAUCAAUAACGCCGUGCACCUACAUUAGGUCCAUGUUUAGACUUUACUACUACCAUUGUAUGAAUGCAGGCAAAAAUAAAAUGAGGGAAAAAUAAUUGAUAUUCAUUAAUAAAACCUGGAGUAAUUUAUGGCAAUGUUUACAAGAUGUGUUUAAGAUUGAAAUUACUCUAAUCCAUUUUCUGUGUAAUUUAAUGAAUGUUGACAGAAAUUUUCAUUAAUGUACAUGUGAUUUAGAUUUCUAAAAUGUCAAUUAUAAUCCAGAAAAUAAUGUCAUCUCCUUGUAGUUAAUUAAAAUGUUGUGGAUAUCUGUAUUCGCCUUCUAAUGAAACAUGUAGAUUUCACCUUAUUUAUAUCCAAGUAAUGUUCAUAAUUUAUUAUGAAAAUAGUCAACUGUUUUAUAAGAAGGCUUCAGUUGUAGUUAUGGCUUUAUGCUAUGGCUCACUGAAUGGUUUGUUAAAUAAUCAUAUGGUCUAUUGUGAAAAUUUAAAAAAUAAAAUGCUAUAACUUCUGAUGACAGAAGUUGGUAUGUUGGAUUUCUAAAUGUUCAAUAUAAUCAAAUAAUACAAAAGACAAAUGUUAACAAGUUAGGAUUAAACUUUUUAGAAAAAUCA